AUGGUUAUAGACAUCGCGUCUGCAUGCAUUGUCGAGCCCCCGAAGGAAUUCCAAUACAUUGCUCUCAGCUACGUGUGGGGCCCGCAGCAACCAGGGUAUCUCGAACUGAACAGAAAAACCGAGUCAGAUCUGCGGACGCCACGGAGUCUCGACACGAAACAAGUGCCGAGAACUAUAAGGGAUGCCAUGACUGCGUGCACCGAACUGGAUGUCAGAUACCUUUGGGUUGAUCGCCUGUGUAUCAUACAGGACGAAGAUCACCCACAAAAGAUGGCGCAAAUCCGCAGUAUGGACGCAGUAUAUGCAUCAGCAUAUCUCACAAUAUGCGCAGUCCACGGCACCGACUCUGAAACCGGAUUACUGGGCCUCAACAGCAACCCAAGGCGGUUCAGCCAAGAACCGGUUCCGGUGUCAGGCCUUCUAAUCACCCCACAGCUACCAAGUCCAAUAUCCGGACGCGAGACCUGGUGGACCCGCGGAUGGGUUUGCCAAGAGUACCUCCUAUCACCGCGAAAGCUCCUCUUCUCCCAAUGGCAAACGGCAUUCCAAUGCCCCCACGGCCUCUCCACCGAAGGCCCCUCUAACACCUCCUCUUCCCAACCCACCACCGCCCUUGAAACAGACGACCACCACAAUUUCUCCCGUUAUGCCGGCUUUAUUCAGGAAUACAACAAACGCAACCUCACGCAACGCUCCGACAUCUACAAUGCCAUCCUCGGCAUCUUCGCCCACACCUACGGCAGCACCGACUCCUUCCGCAACGGGCUCCCCGACCGCGACUUCGACGAAGCCCUGCUGUGGGAGACGCCGCACCGCGAGGACCAGCCCCACCUCGUCGCCCCCUACGUCCGCGCCGAGGACCGCCUCCGCCUGCCCAGUUGGUCCUGGGUCGCCGCCGAGGGCGAGACGAGCUUCGACCAGCCGUUCCACGGCGCGACGGCGCGGUGGAUGCACGCGGUUCAUGAUGACGCCGGCGGCGGUGGCGGCACUGUCUCCUUUCGCAGCAUAUCUGCGACGGGCGACGGCGACGGCUGGCACGCUUAUACAGACUCCCACUCCCUCCUCCCCGUUGACAUCCACCCCCGCUACUCGAAGCAGGUGUACGUCGCCGCGGCGUGGAUGUUCGGGCUCUUCGAGAGCGCUGUCCCGGCUGAAAUCCAGCAUGUUGCAGCAGACUUCGACACCCUGCAGCGCCUGCUCGACGUGCGGUGGCCGCGGUACGAGGACUUCUGGAAGGAGGUGCACGGGGACGAUGGCGCGCUGGCCCACUGGCUGGAGGCCGAUACGCAGGCAGGUGCGGCACUGCACGAGAUGGACGGCGCGGUGGCGGGCAGGGCGAUGAUCGGAGUGGGCAUGCUCGACCAGCGCGGACGGUUACCGUGUAUAUGUGACGGGGAUGGCCUGGUGGUGGGGAUGUGCUCGCCGGAUGAUUUCGUGGAGGCGCCGCCGGCGGGGACGACGUUGGAGUUUGUUGCGUUGUCGGUAGGGGAGCAGCGGUAUGUGCGUGUUUUUGACCAGCUGUUCCGCCGGGCGAGGGGCCUGGGGUGCGGUGGUGCGGCGGAGCAGCGCUGGGUUGAGGAGUUUGCGGGGGAUGUGGAGUCGCGUGCGUAUGAGAGUGAGGAGGAGAACAUGGAGAGGAAGCGGAUAAUUAUGAGCUCUCAAGUGACGAUUCAUGACGGUAAAGGUAGGCCCUUGCUUCCUCCGCCGGUUGUGAAUGUCAUGUUGAUUCGGCGACACAAUGGGAUUGCAACUCGCAUUGGACUGGGCUGGGUGCUGCUUACGCAAUGGCUGAGGCUAAAGCCCAAAUUCGAAAACUUCAUACUAUGCUAG